AUGCCCGACGCCCGAUGCCCGCAGCCCCCCCGGCUUCACGCUGCUGCACCCCCCACCCUGGGCCCCGUCCGGGCUCCCCCCAUGCGGCCCUUCGCCCGGCGGCCAGAUCCGUCCCCGGGAGACCCCGAGGGCACCCUGGACCUGGGCCUGGCUGAGGACCACUUCUCCCGCCCCGUGGGCCUGAUCCUGGCGUCGGACGUGCAGCAGCUGCGUCAGGCCAUCGAGGAGUGCAAGCGGGCGAUCCUGGCGCUGCCCGAGCACUCGGAGCGGCAGAAGGACGCCGUGGUGCGGCUCAUCCACCUCCGCCUCAAGCUGCAGGAGCUGAAGGACCCCGACGAGGAUGAGCCCAACAUCCGGGUGGUCCUGGAGCAUCGCUUCUACAAGGAGAAGAGCAAGAGCGUGAAGCAGAUGUGCGACAAGUGCAGCACCAUCAUCUGGGGCCUCAUCCAGACCUGGUACACCUGCACAGGCUGCUACUACCGGUGCCACAGCAAGUGCCUGCCGCUGGUGAGCAAGGCUUGCGUGCGGGCCAAGGUCAGCCACCAGGCUGAGUACCAGCUCAGCAUCUGCCCCGAGAGCGGGCUGGACAGCCAGGACUACCGCUGCGCCGAGUGCCGUGCCCCCGUCUCCCUCCGGGGGGUGCCCAGCGAGGCCCGGCAGUGCGACUACACCGGCCUCUACUACUGCAGCAGCUGCCACUGGAACGACCUGGCCGUCGUGCCCGCCCGCGCCAUCCACAACUGGGACUUUGAGCCCCGCAAGGUGUCACGCUGCAGCAUGCGGUACCUGGCGCUGAUGGUGUCGCGGCCCGUGCUGAAGCUGCGGGAGAUCAACCCGCUGCUCUUCAACUACGUGGAGGAGCUGGUGGAGAUCCGGAAGCUGCGCCAGGACAUCCUGCUGAUGAAGCCCUACUUCAUCACCUGCAAGGAGGCGAUGGAGGCGCGGCUGCUGCUGCAGCUGCAGGACCGGCAGCACUUUGUGGAGAACGACGAGAUGUACUCGCUGCAGGACCUGAUCGAUAUCGAAGCCGGGCGCCUGAGCUGCUCCCUGACGGAGAUCCACACCCUUUUCGCCAAGCACAUCAAGCUGGACUGCGAGCGGUGCCAGGCGAAAGGCUUCGUCUGUGAGCUCUGCAAGGAGGGCGACGUGCUCUUCCCCUUCGACAGCCACACUUCGGUCUGCACCGACUGCUCCGCCGUCUUCCACAGGUACGGCACGCACCGGCGAUGGACGCUUCCCACCGGGCCCGGGUGA